GAGCCAGUCUGGGUGCUCUUGUCCCUGUGACUAGAGAGGGAGGUGGUGACAGAGCUGGACAGGAAUCACCACUGCCCCCCCCCAAUGACAAAGCAGUGAGAGCCUGUGGAGGAGAGGGAGUGCUGAGGGCUGGAUGCACCCCAGCCUCUCUCCAGAAGCUCCUGGCAGCUAGGCACGGAAGGGGAUGUCUGACCCCAAGGAACAAGGUGGCCCUGAACGUACCCAGCCCAUCCUGGCACCAAAAAACAUCCUGACAACCGGUAUUUACAGCACAAUCUUGAAGAAGACAACCACACAAAGACCUCCGGUCGCAGAGACAAAGGCCCCAGGGGACCCAUCCGACGGAGUGAGCCCUGACCCUGCAGCCGAGAGCUGCUACUGGACCUCGGAGCGCGACGGGGAAGUGAAGCUGCGCCUGGGCAAGAACUCAGAGAACGAGCCUCCGGUCACAGUGCCCGACAUGAUCAUGAGCGCGGCCACCAAGUACUCGCACUACCUGGCGAUAGGCUCCAAGUACAAGAAGAGCUGGCAACUGCUCACCUACAUCGAGUACUACGAGGCCUGCCGGCGGGCCGCCAAGGCCUUCCUCAAGCUCCAGGGGACCCGAUUCGGCUUCUGGCUCUGCAUGUGCACGCGGUGGUGCCCAGGCCCAAAUGUGGGUCUGGAGCGCUUCCAUGGUGUGGGUAUCAUGGGCUUCAACUCCACAGAGUGGGUGAUUGCCAACAUUGGAGCCAUCAUGGCAGGGGGCAUCUCCGUGGGCAUCCUGUGCAGUAUCUCACCCAAAGCCUGCCAGGUCAUUGCCGAGGCCGCAGAGAUGGACAUCUUUGUGGUGGAUAACGACAGACAGCUGCAGAAGGUUAACCAGAUCCAGGGCUACCUGAAGCAUCUCAAGGCCAUCAUACAAUACAGAGAAGACAUCCAGGAAGUACAGCCAAAUCUAUACUCGUGGAAAGGCUUCUUGGACCUCGCAGACGGCAUCUCAGAUGAAAAACUGGACCAAGUCAUCGACUCACAGAAGCCUAACCAGUGCUGUGCUUUGGUAUACAACCAGGGUACCUCCGAGGUCCCAAAGGCCACAAUGCUCAGCCACGACAACAUCACGUGGACCACAGCGGCCGCUGUUCAGAGCCUGGGGUACAAGUGUCCACCCAAUGGCCAGGAGGUCCUCGUGAGCUACCUGCCGCUCUGUUUCGCCGGGGCCCAGAUCUUGGAUGUCUGGGUGGCCAUCUCCGUGGCUGGAACAGUCUACUUCCCCUCGCCAGAGGCAGCGAAGUGGAACGGGCCAGCACGAGCCCCUGGCACGGGCUUCCUGACGGAGAUGCUCCGCGAGGUCCAGCCCACCACGUUCUGCGGCGUCCCCUGGGUGUGGGACCGCAUGCUGGACAGCCUGAAGACCAAACAGCUGGACUCCACCGCCUUCCGCAGGAGGAUUGACCGCUGGGCUAUGAGCUUAGGGCUCAACACCAACAGGAGGCGGCUGCUCGGACAGAUCCACCAGCCGCUGUGCUUUGGCUUGGCCAAAAAGCUGACCUUCGACCCUGCCAGGAAGUUCCUGGGUCUCAAGCAUUGCCAGCAGUUCCUGAACCUGGGCUUGGGGCUGCCGAGGACCACGAUGGACUUCUUCCUCAGCCUGGACAUCCCCAUCUUUGAUAUGUACGGCUUGACCGAGUGCAGCGGACUGCACACUCUGUCCAGUCACCAGGCCUUCCGACUCCUGAGCUCUGGGAAGGCACUUCCCAGCUCCCACACAAAGGUGGAAAAGGAGAACCAGGAAAACAUCGGGAACUUGUGUUUGUGGGGCCGCCACAUCUUCAUGGGGUACCUCAAUGACAAAGAAGGCACGAAGAAGAAGGUGGACAGCCAGGGCUGGCUGCACACAAAUGACCUGGGCUUCCUGGACGUCGACAAGUUCCUCUAUGUCUUGGGGAAUACCAGCGGUGAGGACAGAGAUCUGAUCACGCUGAGCUCAGGAGAAGUAAUCAACCCCAGUCCCAUCGAGGAGCGAGUGAAGACGCGUAUCCCCAUUGUGCGCUACGUGAUGGUGGUGGGCCAGAAUGCCCCAUACCUGUGCGCCCUUCUUACACUGAAGUGUCAGAUCAAUCCGGAAACUGGAGAAGCUCGUAGUGCCCUGACCAGCGAGGCUGUGGCCUGCUGCCGGAAGAUUCGGAGCCAGUCCACCUGGCUGACAGACGUCCUAUACGACCGUGACCCCUUGGUCACAGAGUUCAUCAGCCAGGGUAUCCAGGACGUGAAUGCGGAGGCACCCUCGGAAGGCGCCAAAAUCAUUAAGUGGGUCAUUCUAGACAACGAUUUCUCUGUUAGCGGCGGGGAGCUUGGGCCCAUGUCCAAGUUGAACAGGACCAUUGUGACCAAGAUAUACCAGGAGGACAUCCAGAAAUUCUAUGAAGCGAGUCCAAGCUCCUAGCCGGCCUGUGCACCCCAAUCUUCUGGAAGUUCCUGUUUUUCCAUCCUGCCUGUGAAGGGACGAUUUCCAUGAGGCGGGGUGCUCUGUGUGUGGGUGGAGGGCAUAGCCUGCCCUCUAGUGUUGGGAUCUGAAUUGUUAAGAGAAUAAUUAAAUGUGUUCACUAAA